CGGAGUUUGCAGCCCCAGCGCGUCUCUCUUCGUGUCUCCCCGGUUUCAGGGGGUUUGCCUGCCCCCGGCAACAUGCCUGAGUACACCACUGCCUCGAGGUUCCGGCUCUCUGGUCUGUGCUUCCUCCUCCAAAUCAUUACCAUCAUCCUCUUCGCUGUCUUUGUCCGGUACGGCCCAGAGAGCAGCCCCGGCUUCUGCUCCCAGCAACUGAACUGCAGCUGGAGAAACCAGGAUGUGGGUUUGCAGCACCCCCGUUUCCGGGAUGUCCACCUCCAAGCUCUCCUUGGCUUUGGGCUCCUGGUGGCCUUCCUCAGCCGCUAUGGGCCAGGCAGUGUGGCCAUCAGCAUCCUCAUCAUGGCCUUCGCCAUCCAGUGGGCCGUACUGAUCCAGGGUUUUUUACACUUCUUCCUGAAUGGCAAAAUUUACAUGGGAGCUCAGAGCAUGGUCAGUGCCGACUUCUGCACUGCAGCCAUUCUGAUCUCCACCGGAGCUGUUCUGGGUAGGGUAAACCCUGUCCAGAUGCUGCUGCUGACCCUGAUGGGAGCCAUCCUCUCCACUCUCAAUGAAUACAUCCUGCUCAGUCUCAUGGGGGUAAGAGACAGCGGGGGCUCCUUGACUGUCCACACCUUUGGUGCUUAUUUCGGCUUGAUGGUUUCAUGGAUCUUGCACCAGCCCUAUAUGGACAAGUGCAAAAAGCAGCAGGACACGGGGAACCAGCCAGAUGUCUUUGCUGUGGUUGGAACCAUCUACCUGUGGAUCUUCUGGCCCAGCUUCACCUCAGCCACCACGGUCCAUGAAAAUGCUGAGCCCUGGGCAGUGCUCAACACCUACUUCUCGCUGGCAGCGAGCACACUGGCCACCUUGGUCCUCUCGCCUGUCCUCCAUGAGGAGGGCACACUGCAGAUGGUUCAGAUCCAGGAUGCCACCUUGGCUGGUGUGGCCAUGAUGGGUAUGGCUGGGGAGAUGAUGGUCACCCCCUUCGGGGCCCUCGUCGCGGGGUUUCUGGCCGGCCUGAUCCCCCCACUUGGCUUCAGAUUCCUCACGCCUGUCCUGUGCUCCAGGCUGAAAACCCAGGACACAUGUGGGGUUCACAAUGUCCACGGGCUGCCGGGGAUCCUGGGCGCCUUGCUGGGGGCGCUGCUGACGGCACUGGCCACUGCAGAUGCUUACGGUGGCAGGCUGGAGUUCAUGUUCCCGCUGGUGGCCCAGGGCAGCUGGACGGCCACUGACCAGGCGCUCUGCCAGCUCUGCGCCCUGCCCAUCACCCUGCUCCUCGCCACACUCGGAGGCAGCCUCACAGGAGCCGUCCUGAAAAUGAAAGGGUUGAGGUCUCCCCCGGACACGCAGUACCUGGAAAACACGGUCCUCUGGGAGGUGGCUGAGGAAGGAUGCGACCGCAGGGAAAGCAGAAAGGAGCCAGGCACCAGCACCUUGGUCUAAUGACCCUGAUCUCCCGGUGAGGUCUUGCACCACCAGCCUCAACCCUCUGCUGGCAUCACCAGUGUUGGGAAGCUUCUGGCAGCCUGAAUUUCCCAGCAACCUGCUCCGGAGACAGCCAGGCUUGUCCCCAUGUGGGAGCCAGUUCCUGGUCCCAAAGGUUUUGGGAGCAGGUCGAGUGCCCAUGGGCCUUUGGAGGGUGAAGAGAUGCUGCAGUGAUAUGGAUGCUUGCUGUGGGAGUGACCCGGCUUGCUCCAGGGACACCUCUGGGCGUCCAGACUCGGCUCAGCCACUUCCCCGCUCUGCUCUGUGCCUCAAUUUCCCCAUCUACUGCUCUCUGAAGAGAAGGUGGCAAUGAGGAGGGCUGUGUCAGGGAAGGGGCAUACCAGGGUCCACAGAAAGCAGCAAUGACUUUCUAUGGACACUUUUGCAUACAACCAUUAAAACAUGUAGAUCCUUUGUAGCUUCAGGAUUUGCCAGUGGGUUCACACAGCACCUGCCCAGCUUUGCUGGCUGGGUUUCCUUCAGGUUUCUUUUCAGGGAGGAAAGCAAAGCCCCCAGGACCCCCCUGCACCCUAAAGACCAAUGCCCAUGGGGUGGGUUUCAUGGGUUGCUCCAUCCCUGUCGCCAUCCGCGCUGCCCACCCCCCCCAAGCAGGGUACACUACCGGAGCCUUAGCCACCAGAGCAUGCGAUAGCCCAGAGCAGCCACCACCCAGGGGCAGUCCAGGGUGACACCAGGGUCCCCAGCACAGGGGUGACCCCUGCCUUCCCCUUACCACUCAUCACCUUGCACCGGGGCCAAGAAAAAGCCCCCCCUCCUCAAAACAGGAAAGUGCCACCCAACACUCAGCCCCUUUGGGAGACAGAUGCUCCCCUGGCAAUUGCAGCCCCCAGGUCCCCCUGCUUUCCAGGGCCCCCAGCAGCACCCAGCA